GAUCUCCACCCUCAAAAUCCAAAUAUCGACGAUUCCGUAUUGAGUUCUACACUUUUUCAUUCCCUUUGUCCCUCCCUGUCUUUCCUGAAAGACAAACUUUGCGUUCAACCUUUUGUUGCAAACUCAGAAAAAACAUAGAGAGAAAAUCAAAGAAAAAAAUGGCGGCUUUUGUUUCACAAAGACAGAUUAAUGUUGAAAUUUCUCAAGAAUGGUCGGAUGCUGCGAAUUCCAUACUUAAUACUUCCCCAGCUUCACUAAUUCAAGUUGUCUUCAUUUGUGGUGCUAAAAACAGUGGCAAAACUACGUUCUCUCGUUACCUUCUCAACACUUUUCUUACUAAGUAUAAAAGAGUAGCUUACCUGGACACAGAUGUAGGACAAUCGGAGUUCACUCCGCCUGGAUGUCUUUCACUUACUAUCAUUGAUGAAGCAACUCCAGACUUGACAAUCCCUUGCCUAAAAACGCCUCAAAGAUGUUACUUCUUUGGAGAUGUUUCUUCAAAACAGGACCCGGAGUUAUACUUGAAUUGCAUAUAUGCUUUAUAUGAUCACUAUAGAAAGGAAUUUCGCUCUUCAAGUAAGAAAGGAAAUCCAAGUGUGGCUGAGCUGCCUCUCAUUAUCAAUACAGCAGGCUGGGUGAAAGGUCUUGGUUUCGAUAUAUUGUGUGAUAUGUUGAGACACAUUGCUGCAACACACGUGGUCAAGAUAAAUAUAUUUUCUGGGAAAAAGGGGGAGGGGGAUAAAAAAGAUUUACCUGCUGGGGCAUUUUGGCUGGAUGAGCUUGAUGAGUCUUCGGUAAAUUUAGUGGAAAUCAGUCCUGGUCGCAAGGAUUCCUACAACCGAUCGGUGUUGGUGAAAAAGGAAGCACGUCAUAUACGAGAGCUAAGAUUGAGGGGUUACUUUAGGCAGUGCUUGGCAAGUGAUAUGAGUAUCACCACAAUCGAGGAACUUGCACUUGCAUUAGCUUCUCAUACUCCCUACCAAGUCCCAAUAUCAAGUAUCAAAAUUAAGCAACUGCAUUGUGAGGUUUCAAAUACUGAAGUAUUCUGCAGUUUGAAUGCAACUAUAGUUGGCUUGGCUGUUAGUUGUGCAGACCCUCAAUCAUUGCCCAUCUGUGUUGGCCUUGGUAUUGUUAGAGGAAUUGAUUUAUCGAAGAAUGUGAUUUAUUUGAUCACACCUGUUCCUCAUAAGAUCCUAGCCGGUGUAGAUCUUCUCCUUCAAGGAUUUAUCGAGAUACCUACUGGUUUGCUGCAGGCGCAGGGUUGUAUUUCACCGUACAUGUCUGCAAAUGUCUUAUCGUUGAAAGAACUAGCGGAUAAAAUUCCUCUUACCAAAUCUGUUCAGAGCAGCGAGUGAAGAUAUGUAAUUUAUACUUGACUGUAAUAUAGACUUGAUUUAGUUUUUAAUUAGCAUUUAGAACAUGUUGUGGGUUUGAUGUCUUGCUGGUCAUAUGACUAGCCAAAGGGGAAAAGCAUCCACCCAUAAAACAAUUUACAGAUGAACAUUUCAAGACAUUACUAUAUAUUACAGUGCCUUGUUAAGGGUCA